AUGAACAAUAUUUCCGACAAAAUUACACAGAAAAAUGACGAACAAAAUUACAACAAAUACUACAAACACAUGUCGGUGGAGGACAUGAAGGGCCACAUAAACGGCAGUCUCAUGGCUACGGGUGCUAUGAUGGCUGACGCGCAGGUCAGGUAUCGACUGGAGGGGGGUCUGGAGUCGGUGGUGGACUUCUAUGACCGGGUGAUGGAAUGGGUGCCACAGUUUGUGCCUAAAGUCUACGCCAUGAUUGAGGCCACCGAAGACCCGGCUGAGCGUCGGCUAAAUUAUGUCCGGUUCGCGAUUAACGUACGCCUGUAUCGUACAAUCGGUGCGACGGCUAUUGACAAUCGGGCCGCGCGUCCGGUGACCAUCGCUGGUGCCGACAGUGAACAGGAGUUGGCCCUACGAUGCAAGUUCACCUUAAACAUUUGA